GUGGGCAGCUCGGACAGCCGGACCACUGACUGUCGCCCCUCUCGAUGGAGCUUCUCGCGGCUGCAGACUGCGGCGUCGCUGCGAGGCCCACGCCAGUGAACGAGAGCCGCAUCGUGGGCGGAACACCGACCGACAUCGACCAGUGGCCCUGGCAGGUGUCGCUGCACCAUCGCCGUCCUUCGUCGGGAGCCCCUGGGCGUCGGCUGUGCGCUGCGAGCCUCGUGUCUGCGUCGUGGCUUCUCACCGCCGCGCACUGCCUGCUAGAUCCCGCAGCGGCCGAAGGAACAGGACGCUUGUUACCGUCAGGCCUGUGGCUCGCCUGCCGAGCGGGCCAGUGCGUGCGGCUGCGCAAGCUAGCAGUGCACGCAGGCUUUCGCCGCCACAACUACACGCACGACGUGGCACUGGCCGAGUUGGUGCAGCCACUGCCCCUUCCCGCUCGGCCCAUCUGCCUGCCCAUGUCGCCGUCCUCCGGAGGGUCCGCGACCGUCGGAAGGCACUGCGUCAUCACCGGCUGGGGAGCUCGACGACCGCUGGUCAGCCGAGCCACGAAGCUGCAGCAGGCGUCGCUGCCGGUCCUGCCGUGGGACCUGUGCCGGCGAGCGUAUCCGUGGGCCGCAGCUCUGCGUCGCUGGCUGCUAUGCGCGGGACUCUGGAAAGGUGGCCGAGGGCCCUGUCAUGGUGACUCGGGAGGGCCACUGCAGUGCCAACGCAGCGAUGGCCGCUGGCAGCUGUCCGGCCUCGUGUCCUGGGGCGCUGGCUGUGGCCGUCCCGGCCGGCCGGCCGUGUUCGUGCGCGUUGCUGCGUACCGUCGUUGGAUUCGAGAUGCGACCAAGCGCCUGCAGCACCAGAACCAGACUACGCCUCGCGACAAGGACAGUCGGCAGCAAGUUUCACCACGGAAUGACACGGCCGCGAAGAACUUUUAUUUUCCGGCGUUAUCGCUGCACGCUUUUGUGCUCUAACGACUAACACGUGCUGGUGACUUUCUGCGUGUUUAACCUCCGAGAAAAAAAAAAAACGAGAGAUCGCUGGUUAAGCACGAUUUGCAUCCCAGGAAAGAAGCAAGCGCUUUCAAUUCCUCCAAUUUUUUUUUUACUUCAGUGGUUCAAUAAAGCUUGCGUUGAAC